UUGACUAUAAAUAAACCGCCGUCGAUGCAAACGGUCAAUCAUUUGUGGUUUAAGAGCUCAAGGUGUCAGACAUAUCAGAAAUAACGGACAUGAAGUUCUUCAUUUUGGCCACCUGCCUGCUGGCUCUCGCAGCUGGAGAUGUCUCGCAUUUGCCAUUGGAAGUCCUGGAGGAGCAUCACGAGCAUGGCUAUGGCUAUGAUUAUCCCAAGCCGGAGGUUCCAUUUGUGAUUACCAGUACAACGGAGCCACCACCACCGCCACCACCGACUUAUCUGCCACCCAAACCGGUGCCUACUUACCUGCCUCCCCCACCACCCACUACUACUACUACCACUACCACUACAACCACUCCCGCUCCCACUCCUGCUCCCACUUACCUGCCUCCCCCACCGCCCACUACCACUACUACUACCACCACCACUCCUGCUCCCACUCCCGCUCCCACCUACCUUCCUCCUCCACCACCCCCACCACGCACCACCACCACUACGACAACAACCACGACCACACCUGCACCCACACCAGUGCCCACCUACCUGCCACCCCCUCCACCGCAACCGGAACCGGGCUACCACUACGAUGCGCCCGCCCAAGAGUUCAUUUUCUAAGUCA